GACCGGGCUAAACCGUGCCGGGGUAGCGGGACUCCAGUGCUGAGACGCUGCUCCCGGGGCCGAUCAUGAAUGGGCCGGCGGACGGCGAGGUGGACUACAAGAAGAAAUACCGGAACCUGAAGCGGAAGCUCAAGUUCCUCAUCUACGAACACGAGUGCUUUCAGGAGGAACUGAGGAAGGCACAGAGGAAAUUGCUGAAGGUGUCGCGGGACAAGAGUUUCCUCCUAGACCGACUUCUGCAGUACGAGAACGUAGAUGAAGACUCUUCUGACUCAGAUGCCACUGCAUCUUCAGAUAACAGCGAGACAGAGGGGACACCCAAGUUGUCAGACACGCCAGCCCCCAAGAGGAAGAGAAGCCCUCCGAUGGGGGGUGCCCCCUCUCCCUCAAGCCUCUCUCUGCCUCCUUCAACAGGGUUUCCCCUUCAGACCUCCGGGGCCCCCUCCCCAUACCUGAGCUCGCUGGCUUCCCCCCCCUACCCCCCAUUCCCUUCUGACUACCUGGCCCUGCAGCUGCCCGAGCCCAGCCCCCUGAGGCCCAAGCGGGAGAAACGGCCCCGCCUGCCCCGGAAACUCAAGAUGACGGUGGGACCCCCCGACUGCCCUGUGGGAGGGCCGCUGACUUUCCCCAGCCGGGGUUCUGGGGCUGGGGUGGGGGCAGCCCUAGCCCCACUGCCACCCCCUAAGAUGCCCCCUCCCACAAUCCUGAGCGCAGUCCCUCGGCAGAUGUUCAGCGAUGCUGGCAGCGGGGAUGACGCCCUGGACGGGGAUGAUGACCUGGUAAUCGACAUCCCGGAGUGACCCCUUCCCCCCAAGCCCCUGUUCAGCGCCCCCUGUGCCAGCACACAUGAGCCCCUAGCUUCCACAGAAACAUUUAUUGACGCCCAGUUGCCAUGCUGCGGCCGCUGACACAAUCAAAACAGGCGUAAACAUGCACAAAUGCCCCCUGGAAAGUGGGCUCCUCCUGGGAGGACAGGGGUCUGCCCUCACAUCCUGGCCCCAUCCUGGGGAUGGUUAUUUUAAAUGAGUGGCUGGGAACAUCUGCCCCCUCUGGGAGAGGCAGAGGCCCUGUGGUUCCCCCGCACCCCACCCCCUAUUUAAAAGGGCAGCUAUACAGGGCUAGGUGUUUUGUUUUGUUUUUAAAGAAGGUUCUAUAUUAAAGGAGUGGCUCUUUUUUGGUUUUUGUCUUUUUCUUUUUUCAAAACUUUGUCCUCCUUCAAACCCCCCCUAAUCCGACCUCCUCCCUGUGG